AUGGCAAGCAUCAAUAAGAUCGAUGAUGAGAGACCUGGUUUCGACAUUGUAGAGGCCAGCAUCCAGGACCACCGCAACGCCCUCAAUUUGGGCAAAACAAGCAGUGUCGACCUAGUCAUUGCAUAUCUAAACCGUAUUGCUCGCUACGACACAUGCAAAGGCCUCGGUGCCUUUACUGUAUUCAACGACAAUGUCCUUGAGGAAGCAGCAGCCUCUGAUGCACGUCGGGCCCAGGGUCUGGAGCCACGACCCCUAGAAGGCAUACCCUACACGAUCAAAGACAGCUACAAGGUCGCCGGAAUGACUGCAACUGCAGGAUCCCCUGCGCUCAAGGGUGUCAUGUCAAGUGAAGACUCUGCAAUCGCAAAGAAGUUGCGGGAUGCAGGAGCGGUGCUGAUUGGGAAGACAAACAUGCCCCCUAUGGCCGCCGGGGGUAUGCAACGAGGCAUGUAUGGUCGCGCAGAAUCGCCUUAUAAUUCAAAGUAUCUUACAGCAGCCUUCUCCUCUGGUUCCUCGAACGGAGCAGGAACCUCGGUAGCGGCAAGCAUGGGGGCUUUCGGCAUGGGCAGUGAGACUGUUAGCAGCGGGCGCAGUCCAGCUUCAAACAAUGCCCUCGUCUGCUACACGCCAUCAAAAGGACUACUGAGCUGCCGAGGACUGUGGCCGUUGUAUGUCACGUGCGACGUACCCACACCGUACGCGCGCUCAGUUAGUGAUAUGCUGGAGAUUCUGAAUGUAAUUGUUACACCGGACCAAGAUACGACAGGAGACUUUGUGCGAGAACAAAAGCAUGUGCAAAUACCCCAGCCCCCUCAGAUAGACUACACGACUCUGCGCAACACUCUAGCGUUCAAAGGAAAACGGGUUGGAGUCCCAAAAAUGUAUAUCGGCCAGAAAGACUCGGAUCCAUACGCAAAGCCUACCUAUGUUUCACCAGAGGUCAUUGCACUGUGGGAAAACACAGCCAAAAACCUCCAAGAUCUAGGUGCAGAAAUUGUUUACACCGACUUUCCUCUAGUUACAAAUUACGAAAACGACUCGGUAUCCGGUGAAGCCAACAACGUACAAAGCCAACCAGCAAACUGGAACCUCAUAGAACGCGGCAUCCUCAUCGCACAAGCCUGGGACGCCUUUCUCGUGCAAAACAAUGACGCCAAAAUUAAAUGUCUAGCAGACAUCAAGGAUUCCGCAAUGUUAUUCCCCAAGCCCCCAGACUACAAACCCGACACCUUCCUCGAAGUCCGCAACUGGAUCGAUUACGCCGGUCUCCCCAAGCUCGUCCAGAAAACCAGCAUCCACGGAGUGCAAGGCUUGAAGCAAGCGCUCGAAGCGCUCGAAGCCCAGCGCAAACGUGACCUGGAAGACUGGAUGGAUACCCAUAAGCUAGACGUCCUUGCGUUCCCCGCCCAAGGCGACGUUGGGCUCGCAGAUUUAGAAUUCAAUCUCGACAGCACAACGCACAGCCUGCGCAACGGCGUCAAGUACUCGAACGGGAACCGCGCGAUUCGCCACUUGGGCGUGCCGACCGUCAGUGUGCCCAUGGGUCUCAUGAGCGAGAAGAAGAUGCCGGUUAAUAUUACGUUUGCAGGCCAGGCGUAUCGCGAUGCGAAGUUGUUCGAGUUUGCGUAUGCGUUUGAGACGGCGACGAGGAGCCGGGUUGCACCUCCGCGCACACCGGGGUUGCCGACGGAUAUCGCUACUUCGGCGGUAAAGUCGCUGGCGGAGGCUGAGCCGGUGAUAGUUGGGGUUGAGGCCAAGGUGGACGAGCGAUCAGGUUCUGGGGAGAUUUCUAUGGUUGUUCGUGGUACGCUGCACAAGGUGGUGCCGCAGACUAGCGUGCAGGUUUUCGUUGAUGGCAAUCGAGUAGCCGAUAUGACCACGGAUGGCGCUGAGUGGUCUAUUACACAUAGCCAUGUGCCCGAGAGACCGCCGAUUCUGGGCUGGGAUCUUAAGCCGUUGCCGCCUAGGGAUGUUAUGAUUCUGGUUGUUGUGACGAGCAAAGGUGACGGUAAGGGAAGUGGAAAGAGGGAGGCUAGAUUGCUUUGGGUACCGUUGGAAAAAUAGGUUGGUUCGGUGGGAUGAUGGGGUGGGAUUAUCUAUCGUCUUUGUCCUUUGUCAUAUAUGGUCGUGUUCAAUUCUGCUGUCCAUGUUAUUGCUGUGAAGUCGAUUUUCUAUUCGCCGAGUAAGUUUGAUGUUUUUGCUUUCGUGUCUGGAUAAUCAAUCAGUGC